AUGCUGCUGCGGAAGUCGAUGCGCACGGCGACAUCGCGCAGUCAGCAGAUCGAUGACAUCCAGGCAGAGGCGGACUUCGUCUUUCAAGAGUUGGAGGAUGUCUUUGCGCUUCAGCCAGGGGAUGCUGCCGCUGCUGCUGCAGCAUGCACAGGGGCUGAUGUCGUGCGGCAACCCUCCCCGACGCUGUCAAGCUCCACGACCACCCACUUUCAGUUCUCUGGCAACGAGGAGGAGUGUGACGUCGCAUCAGAGAAACCUAGGGCUCUACCAUCGCCACUUCCCGCCUCCGGCGCCGGCGAGCGCCAUCUCCUGUACGGCGAACUGACCUCUGUCGGAGUACGGCAGCUGCAGGCCAUCAGCAUGGCGUCAACCUGCGUGAUGCGCGAGGAGCACAGGCGCUCGCCCGAUUACGGAACUGGCGAUGCCGACUUCCCUGCCCACCCCUCGACGAGCAUGACCAGCUCGCUCGGCAGCUUCUCAACUCCUGCGUUCAACUCUGCGCCACCGGUUCCCCGCAGUGUAAGUGCUCCGUCAUUGCACACUCGACAUCAUUGUCAUAGUCAUAGCCAUGCUUCUCGGGGGGCCGUUGUCGUCGCGGUAGACGUGGGGUGUGGCAAUGGGCGCCUGCUCUUCGAGUGGAGUCGGCUGGCUGCAGCGGCGUGCCGUCGACGGCAUACCUCGUCACCGCGGCAACACGUGGACGAGGUCGGUACGUUCGUCGGCGCAGCACCGGCAUCCUUUACCCGAAACUCUACCACGAGCACUUUGGGUAGCACCACAGAGACGACGACGGACGCAGCAACUAAGCAUCGCAGCAAUCUGCUCGCAGCUGUUUACGCACCUCUAGGAAUCGAGAACCCUGCGGCAGUGUGGCGUGGGUGGCUCGGGGUCGGCAUAGAGCUGGUGCCAUCUCGCAUGCGCAUUGCCCGAAAGGCGCUGGUGCCGCACUACCUGAACCUGAAGCAAGCCUUGCCGAUUCCUUCAGCCGGUGACGGCGUGGCGGCCCCCGUCACCCACCUGGAGCCGUGCCUGCCUGAGGCUAUCGCAGACGCCGAUUCCUCUGCGUCGUACGGCGCCUCCACCUCGUUGCAGCUCGGCAUUGUCUCUCAUACCACCGUCGUCAGAUCGUCCAUAGGGUCGCCAGCGUCGACGGGCAUAUCGGUCGCCAAGCUACCGAGCUGCCGGGCGCCGCAGCCAUCUGCGCGUGUGCUGCUCUAUGACGGUGAUGCCUUGGCUCCUGGUGUGCUGUCGAAUGCGACGAUGUGCCAAUUUCCAAACUUUGGCGGCCACAGUGAGCCCCUGCUGCUCCACAGGUCCUGCGUCGGGCACGGCGGCAGCGGCGAGCACGACGGCUGCGCAGGCGGCAGCACCAUCCCGUGCACGACAACGUCAACGAAUACUAUUUCAGCUACGGUGGCAGAGAUGAACAAGGCGCACUUUCUCAAUAACACUCGCAGUGGCGUGCACAGACGUAGAGGAGCCCGAAAACCUGCCAGCAUGGAACUGGCUUCCAUCACGGAUGCCAGCGAUGACUGCAUCGCUCGCGGCAGUACAGUGAAGCAGGGCUACUACCCGCUGUGCCACGUUGAAGGUGAGCCGCCACUCACCGGGAGGGAGGACCCGCACUUGGUGGUUUUCUGUUGCGGACUGGGCUUUGACGAGGCGCAGGUGCGACGACUCUGUCAACGACUGGAGGACAUGCUGUUGUACCCUUCCUCCACUGCACCAGUGACAACACCGUCCUCCGUUGGAGAAGACUCGAUGAUGGACCCGCAACCCGGCAUGAAGGUGACCGGUUUUCCAUUGUACCGCACUUGCCAACACCACCACCAUAUGGCUCACGGCGGUGACGCGGAGGCCGCGGCAUCGCUAGCCAACUGCGCCUCGUCGUCUUUGCCAUCCCCCGAGGAGAGGAGUGAGGAGGACAUGAAAACUCAAUACGGAAUGCGACCGUUGACACUGACCCCUGCAGACCCCGGCAUUGAUAUCGCAACAGGUAUCGGCGCUGGCUUUGCCUCGCACCGGCGCUGGGAAAGCGUGACCUGUGUGCUGCUGCUGCGUCCUAUGGAUGUUCUUCUGCCGACAUUCCCGCUCUUCCGCUACGCCCGCCGCGUGUUCGACACACUUCACCAGCCAAUCUCGGCGGAGGACACAGCACUGCUGCUCUCAACCGGAUCCCGCGCUGACGGCAGCCCAGUGCCAUUCAGCAUGCGUGCCACUCCGGUGUCGGAGUGCCUGCCUGGGUCCUCCAACGUGUGUGACAUGGUCGAAAGCGAUCUUUGGAGUACCACGCUGGAGACGACCUGGAUGAGCGCGGCGCCUGCGUGGGUGGUGCGCUUUCAUUUCUGA